GCAGAUUUCCAUGUAAGGGGCGGACCGCUAUUUUCGGCCGCCGACCGAUAUGGAUAAAGGGACCCCACGAAGCCGACACUGCGCCACUCGCCGCUCUCGCCGGUCUCUUGCACGACGUACAAAACGCGAUCCUGAGCGAUCGUCCGCCGAUCUCUUUUUCUCGGCUCUACGAAACACAUUAGUAAACGAAAGUAAUACUAACAGCCAAUCAAGAUGUGCGACGAUGAUGUUGCGGCAUUAGUUGUGGACAAUGGGUCCGGUAUGUGCAAGGCCGGAUUCGCAGGGGACGAUGCACCGCGUGCCGUGUUCCCUAGCAUCGUCGGCCGCCCCCGUCAUCAGGGCGUAAUGGUCGGUAUGGGUCAAAAAGACAGCUACGUUGGCGACGAGGCGCAAAGUAAGAGAGGUAUAUUGACAUUAAAGUAUCCUAUAGAACAUGGUAUCAUCACCAAUUGGGAUGACAUGGAGAAGAUUUGGCAUCACACCUUCUACAACGAAUUGCGUGUAGCUCCCGAAGAACAUCCGGUUCUUCUUACGGAAGCACCUCUGAAUCCGAAAGCUAAUCGUGAGAAGAUGACGCAGAUUAUGUUUGAAACUUUCAACAGCCCGGCCAUGUACGUUGCUAUCCAGGCCGUCCUUUCAUUGUACGCCUCCGGUCGUACCACCGGUAUUGUCCUGGACUCCGGUGACGGUGUCUCUCACACCGUACCCAUCUACGAAGGUUACGCCCUUCCCCAUGCCAUCCUCCGUCUGGACUUGGCCGGACGCGAUCUUACCGACUACCUCAUGAAGAUCCUUACCGAAAGAGGCUACAGCUUCACCACCACAGCCGAGCGAGAAAUCGUCCGCGACAUCAAAGAGAAACUGUGCUAUGUCGCCCUGGACUUUGAACAAGAAAUGGCCACCGCUGCCGCCAGCACUUCUCUCGAGAAGAGCUACGAGUUGCCUGAUGGUCAGGUCAUUACCAUUGGUAACGAGAGGUUCCGUUGCCCCGAAGCGCUGUUCCAGCCUUCCUUCCUGGGUAUGGAAUCUUGCGGUAUCCACGAGACCGUUUACAAUUCCAUCAUGAAAUGCGACGUCGACAUUCGCAAAGAUUUAUAUGCUAAUACCGUUCUCUCCGGUGGCACCACCAUGUACCCUGGUAUCGCUGAUCGUAUGCAAAAGGAAAUCACCGCUCUCGCUCCUUCAACCAUCAAGAUCAAGAUCAUCGCUCCACCCGAAAGGAAAUACUCCGUAUGGAUCGGUGGUUCCAUCCUGGCCUCUUUGUCUACCUUCCAGCAGAUGUGGAUUUCCAAGCAAGAAUACGACGAAUCCGGCCCCGGUAUCGUUCACCGCAAAUGCUUCUAAAAAAUACACCGUCAAGAAUUAAUCAAACGUUCAUUCAAGCACCAUCACCAUGACUCUUUUCGUUCCCUUAUUUAUCUCCUUUUCUAUACACACGGUAUGCACUUACAAAUUAUACAAUAUUCAUGACAGGAUACAAAGAUACGAGAAAAGGGAAGGAAAAGAGAGAUAAAGAGGAAAAGAGAAAAAGAGAGAGAUGAGAUAUGAGACGAGAUCGCAGAAAAAAAAAAACCAAUUACUCAAGUGCCUUUAUGCUACACAUUUACUGUACUUUGUAGUUUAUACAACACGACUAUUUGUUUAUAUAUGAAUGUUAAUUAAUUUAUUGAUAAUCUUUUCGACAAUCUGAGUAAUGAGUUCUUUUCCGCCCAUAUAUUAACGUACGCAUACAUAUGUACCUAUAUAUAUUAUGCACACAAAACAUGUUCGCUCACUGACGAUCGUGCAAGUUUGACAUUUGCGACACUCGUAACGUGAUUAUCGACUACAACAAUGAGGGAUAUGAUCAGGCACAUCCGGCCACAUCGAUGUCGGCUCACAUAUGGCUGUCCGGCAAAUCGCGUUCUUAUUGUACCUUACAAUUAAUUGACAAUAUAAUAAUAAAAUCGUAUGUUAUGUAAUAACUCCA